ACGCGCACUCUUACUCUCACGGAAACCCUAAACCCUAAACCCUAAAACCCUAAACUCUAAGCUUAACCUCCUUCACCAGUGCUAAGACCGGUCAACAAUUCAACAAAUGUCUAACCUCCCCUCUGAUACAACAAAGAGGUCCUUAUAUAGGCCUCUUUCCCCCCAAAACCCAUUAACUGUCUAGCAGUUAAUUCCCAACUGACUUAACUGUCUCAAAGUUAAGUCCAACUCCCUUAACGGUCUCCCCGUUACAUCUUCUGUUUCCCUUUUUUUUUCUCUCAUAAACCCUCCAUUCUCAACAACUUCACCUGUGUUUUAUUUGUACUGAAAUUCUUUCCCACACGGCAUAUGUUUAGUAGAGAAUAUCAUAUAGCAGAUCAUUGUCUUUUUGAAAGAAGAAAAUUCCGAACAUCUUAUGAGAAAUUCUGCCACUAUACUUUCUAUCACGCUGUAUUGUUGAUUGAAAUUUGUUGGAAAAUCACAAAAUUUUGUUUCUCACUUCUUAUUGAUGACUCUUCCCUAAUUUUGUGGUUUAUAGUUAUGAGAAAUAAAGAAGAUUGGGAGAAAAUAUCCCUUAUGUGUUUAGCAUACACAUAGGGUAGUUUAUUUAUAAUGUAAGAUAAGGGUUAAACCCUAAAUACAGAAUGGGCUAAGCCCAAUUAACAGAAACACACAACUUAACAUCUAACACUCCCCCUCAAGCUGGAGCAUAUAAAUCAUAUGUUCCAAGCUUGUUACAAAGAUAGUCAAUUCUAGGUCCUCGUAAGGACUUGGUGAAUAUGUCUGCCAACUGGUUGCUUGAGUUAACGAACUCAGUCUUGAUAUCUCCGGAUAUGAUUUUUUCUCUAAUAAAAUGACAAUCAACUUCAAUGUGCUUGGUUCUCUCAUGGAAGACAGGGUUAGAGCUAAUAUGAAGAGCAGCUUGAUUAUCACAUAUAAGUGUCAUGUGAGUGGCAUCUCCAAAUUUCAAUUCAUUAAGUAAUUGUUUAAGCCACACAAGCUCGCAAGUAGCAAAUGCCAUAGCUCUAUAUUCUGCUUCUGUGCUGGACCUUGCCACAACACUUUGCUUCUUACUUUUCCAAGAUAUCAGGUUGCCACCAAUAGAGACACAAUAUCCAGAAGUAGACCUCCUAUCAAAAGGGGAACCAGCCCAAUCAGCAUCUGAAUAGCAAACGAUUUUUGUAUCGUUGUUAGGGCCAUAUAGCAAACCUUUUCGGGGUGAUCUUUUAAUAUACUUCAGUAUGCGAACAACUGCAUCCCAAUGGUCUUCACAUGGGGAGUUUAGAAAUUGACUCACCACACUAACUGCAAAGGAAAUGUCAGGACGCGUAACAGUAAGAUAGUUUAAUUUACCAACUAAUCUUCUGUACCGUUCAGGAUCUGAAAAAGGCUCCCCCUGAUUUGGUAAGAGUUUGAUGUUAGGGUCCAUAGGUGUCUCAACAGAUUUACAGUUCAUUAACCCUGUUUCCUCCAAGAUGUCUAACGCAUACUUCCUCUGAGAUAUGACAAUACCAUCAUUGGAUUGUGCUACUUCAAUACCCAAAAAGUACCGGAGUUUGCCAAGAUCUUUGGUUUGAAAAUGAUGACAAAGGUGUUGUUUCAUCUGAGAGAUGUCGAGAUAGUCACUUCCUGUAAGAACAAUAUCAUCAACAUACACUAUUAAGUAAAUACAUCCAGCACUUGAGUGGCGAUAGAACACUGAAUGAUCCGCUUCACUGCGAGACAUACCAAAUUGUUGAACAACACAGCUAAAUUUACCAAACCAGGCCCGAGGAGAUUGUUUUAGGCCAUAUAAGGAUUUGCGAAGACGACAUACCAAUCCAGAUGACUCCUCCUGAGCAACAAAGCCAGGCGGUUGCUCCAUAUAAAUUUCUUCAUGCAAAUCACCAUUUAGGAAAGCAUUUUUGACAUCAAGUUGGUAAAGAGGCCAUUAUUGAAGAGCGGCCAUGGCAAUGAAUAGGCGAACAGAGGUCAUUUUUGCCACUGGAGAAAAAGUAUCACCAUAAUCCAAACCAAAAAUCUGUGUGUAGCCUUUGGCAACCAGUCGAGCUUUCAGACGAUCAAUUGUGCCAUCAGGGCCAACCUUGAUAGCAUACACCCACCUACAACCAACAACAGACUUUCCAGAUGGUAAUUGGACAAGCUCCCAAGUUCCACUUUUCUGUAAAGCACUUAAUUCAUCCAGCAUAGCUUGAUGCCAGCCAGGAUGACUUAAGGCAUCACCCACAGAUUUAGGAAUUGACACAGAAGAAAUGGAUGAGAGACAAGUGUAAAAAGAUGGAGAUAAUCUGUGGUAACUAAGAACAGUAUAAUGGGGGGAAGGGUUACGGGUAGAGCGUAUACCUUUACGGAGGGCAAUAGGCAAGUCAGACUCAGUUGCUGGAGCCGGAGGAGACACAAGAGGCGGCACUGGAAGUGAGUCAUGAGGGAGACAAUUGCGGCGACUAUAAACCUGAAGGGGUGGUGGUGAAGGACGAUCCUGUGGUGAAUGAGAGUCUAAAGAAGGAGACAAAAUGGGUGGAGCAUCACCAGGAGGAUCACAGAUAAGAGGAAUAUCAACAGUAACAGGGAGAGGUAUAGAACUAGAAGAUAAAUGUGUAAAGUAAAAAGAAGAUUCAUCAAAAGUGACAUCAGCAGAGAUAAAAUGACGAUUGAGGGAAGGGGAAAAACACUUAUAGCCCUUUUGUGACCGUGGAAAUCCUAAGAAGACACAUUUGUGAGACCUAGGAGAUAACUUAUCAAGACCAGGACUAAAAUCAUGAACAAAACAUGUAGACCCAAAAACUCUAAGAGGUAAUGGAUGUAGAGGGUCUUGAGGAAAUAAUAUAGAAUGAGGGAUUUUGUUUGCUAGGACGGAAGAUGGCAUGCGGUUGAUAAGAUAACAUGCCGUGAGAACAGCAUCACCCCAAAAACGUGAGGGUACUUGACCAUGAAUGAGAAGGGUACGAGUUGUUUCAAUAAGGUGUCUAUUCUUGCGCUCAACCACCCCAUUUUGUUGAGGGGUAUAAGCACAUGAGGUUUGGUGAAGAAUGCCAUGAGAAGCCAUAAAAUGUUUAAACUGUUGAGAAAGGUAUUCACGGCCAUUAUCACUACGUAAAGUGCGAAUAGAAACCCCAAACUGAGUUUUUAUUUCAUUGAAAAAAGUUUGAAAAAUAGAAAACAACUCAGAACGAUUCUUCAUGAGAAACAACAAAGUAUAUAUGGAAUAGUCAUCAAUAAAGGUAACAAAAUACUGAAAUCCUAAAGUUGACUUAACACGACUAGGUCCCCAAAUAUCAGAAUGAACCAAUGAAAAGGGGGAUGACGCUCGUUGUGAAACACUACGAGGAAAGGAACUACGAGUAUGUUUACCUAACUGACAAGACUCACAUGACAAACUUGAUAAUUUGGACAGACUCGGAACAAGUUGCUACAGUUUGGCAAGACUGGGAUGACCUAACUGAGCAUGAAGAAGGGAUGGUGACUCCAUGAUUACGCCAGCAUGUGGAGAAGGGCUGAGAUGAUAUAGGCCAUGAGACUCACAUCCUGUGCCAAUCAUGUGUUUCGAACUCCGGUCCUGCAACCAAACAUAAUCUUUGGUAAAUGAAAUAACACAAUUAAGGGAACGUGUUAGACGACUUACGGACAAUAAGUUAAAAGGAGACCCAGGGACAUAAAGUACAUUAUCAAUGGAUAUGGACGGAAAAAUAUGAACAGUACCAAUACCAUGAGAUGAGGCUCGAGACCCAUCAGCCAUCGUUACCGAGGGUAAAUUAACCGGACAUGACAAGGAAGAAAACAAGGACUUGGCGAGACCGACUCCGAUCACAUUUUGGACGUCCGUUACCGGGUUGGCGAGACCGACUCCGAUCAUCAAGUUGGGCAGCCAUGGAGACGGAGAAACCCUAAAAAUUCAAAAUGCUCUGAUUGACGCAACGACCACAGAUCCAGAAAGAAGGCGAGGGGGCGAUCACGGCAGUGUUGAUCGGCGGCGGAAAGCUCCGGCGACGCGGCGGCAGCGGCGACUCUUGCGGCGGCGCGUGGAGGCGCGUGAGAGGUCCGAUCGCCGCGAUCUUCGUACGACGGUGGUCGCCCGGCCGAGACGCUUCCGAUGGUGUGGUCGCCGGUCGAUUCUGGAACUCCGGCGGCGGCGACGGCGACUGCGACAAUAGCAGCAGUGAUGGGUGCCGGAGACCGUGGAGUUGGCUGGAACUAUUCCUGUGCUCUAGAUACCAUAUGAGAAAUAAAGAAGAUUGGGAGAAAAUAUCCCUUAUGUGUUUAGCAUACACAUAGGGUAGUUUAUUUAUAAUGUAAGAUAAGGGUUAAACCCUAAAUACAGAAUGGGCUAAGCCCAAUUAACAGAAACACACAACUUAACAUCUAACAAUAGUAUUGUAAAGGAAAAUGAUACUUCGACAACCAGUUUUGACAACAUUUUAACAUGGGCCACGUGUCAAAAUGUCAUUGGUGCACGUGUAAUUGGUUUUCAGAAAUUAAUUUGACGUGGAAAAUGAAGAUUCAGAGCGCGAGUUUGAAGUUGUGGGGUCAUUUGUGGUUUUCAGAAUUUGAAUUUUUAGGGUUUGGUAAAGAGAGAAACAGAAAGGUAGUGAGAUAGCACCGUGAGAGAGACUCCGUCUUCGUCUUCGUCGCACCCAGCCACCCUUCGAGGCGUUUGACGUCUGCAAUCGGCCAACGCGGUUGCUUGCUUGGAGUGCAAAGGUACUUUGGUGGCUGGUUCUUCGACUGUACUGGAGCAUUGCAGUGGUCGCCGAACCGUCGGCUGUGGUAAUAUUUCCUAACCGUAGACAGAGUCCGUCGACCUCUCUCCCUAGCCCGCCAUCGAGUCUUCUUUCGACUCCUUUGAUUCCGUCGAGCGUCGCGGUUUGUUGGCGACCUGAGUUCCGCCGGAGUUUCGCCGGCUUCCCGUGUUGUCCGAUUCCUUCACCGACGCGUUUUUGGCUGCCGCUAUUCCAAGAGGAGCCACCCACCCAGUCCGUCUUCUGUGUAAGGUCCUUGGCCUUUUGUUAGGGUUUUUUUUCCCCGUCGAUUGUACUUUGAUUGAAUUGGCGUAGAUGGAUUGCUCAAAAGAAGGAGGUUAUAAGAAUCAGGGUAAGGAAAAUAUUGAACGAAUGGAAAUUACUGGUGUUGGUGAUCCUUCUGGUCGAGGCAUGGGUUUCAGCUAUGCUCGGGCACCCCCAAAGGCACCAGUGUCUAGUGCAAUGGUGAAGAAGAAAGCAGCUGCUAACCGUGGAGGUUCCACUGUUACUGGUACAGAUGCUGAUCUGCGUAGAUUAAGCAUGGAGGCUGCACGAGAGGUUCUUCUUAAGUUCAAUGUUCCCGAGGAAGUCAUUGCUAAACAAACCAGGUGGCAUCGCAUUGCUAUGAUACGUAAACUUUCAAGUGAGCAAGCUGCAUCUGGGGUUAAGGUUGAUCCGACAACUAUCAGCAAAUAUGCUCGUGGCCAGCGAAUGUCCUUUCUUCAGUUACAGCAGCAGACUAGAGAAAAAUGCCAGGAGAUUUGGGAUCGACAAGUUCAGAGUCUGUCGGCUGUAAAUGCUGAUGAGAAUGAGAGUGAUUCGGAAGGUAAUAGUGAUCUGGAUUCUUUUGCUGGAGACCUGGAAAAUUUACUUGAUGCUGAGGAGUUUGAAGAGGGAGAAGAAGGUACAAAUGACUUAAAACGUGACAAGGGAGACGGUGUUAAGGGUCUUAAAAUGAGAAGACGCUCAACUUUGGCUCAGGCAGAGGAGGAAAUAGAAGAUGAAGCCGCUGAGGCUGCUGAAUUGUGCAGGUUGCUCAUGGAUGAUGAUGAAGCUGAUAGGAAGAAAAAGAAGAAAACUAAAGUAACUGGGGAAGAAACAAGAUUGGUAUCAAAGAUGCAAUCAAAAUUUGCCUUGGACAAUGCUGACCAAGUUAAGCAAAUAACAAAUAGUUUACAAUUAGAUGGAAAUAUUCCCUUGAAAGAGGACACGAUUACAGAUCUUAGGGAGUUUUGGCAGGAGGAAAAUUUUGGUGCCAAAAAAAGUAAAUCACUGAAGGUCAAUAAAGCCAAGAAGAAUGAUAUUGCACCUAUUUCUCUUCCCAAUAAAAAAAUCAAAUUAAAUAUGGGAGAAGGAAUUAAGGUAAGUGAUCGAAUUUAAUCUGUUUCAUCACUCUCCUUUUUCUUCCUCAAAAAACCAGAAUAGCAGCAGUUAUGGACGACAUCUUUACUAUUAGUAAAGAAAAUACUUUAGUAGUGUACUUUUAAGUUUUUUUAUAAUUAAUCUUUUAAUUAUCCUUUGAUCGAAUCCGAUUCUUUAAUUUUUGUAAUUGCCUCAAUUACUUUUUUUUUAACUUUGAA